AUGGCAUCCAUUCCGAAGCUUUCCACGGUCAUUACCUGGGCUUUGUAUUUCAUCCCGGUAUACCUCUUCAUCGUUGACCCCUUACUACGCGGUUUCUUCCCGAGCCUGCUCCCAGAUUCUCCAAAAAACAACGCCGAUCUCUUCGAUGAGAGCGGCGCCCCAGGACCGGGCAUCAACCUCACCGACGACAGCUUCAUCAGCCCUGAAGAUGGGAUUCCCUUCAACUGCCCCGAUGCAGAGGGGUACCGAGUGCAUUUACUGUCCCGCACACCGUUGAUCAUGUACAUUGAGAACUUCGUGUCGGAGAAUGAAGCAAACCAUAUACUAGAAAUGAGUGUGGAAAAAUACACGCCCUCAAUAGUCUACGACGGGCAGACCGAACGCAUUGACCCGACAAAACGUCUCUCCGACCGUGCCCUCCUCCCUCGUGACGACACAGUGCGCUGCCUGGAAGACCGCGCGCGUGCCUUUCAAGGCUGGCGCCCGAACCUCUACAUCGAGCGCAUGUGGGCCCAGCGCUACAAUGCCUCCGGUCACUACCGGCACCACUAUGACUGGGCGGGUUCGCUGGCGAGAGGUGGAGACCGACUGAGCACGUUUAUGGUGUAUCUCGAGGCGGACUGUGAGGGCGGCGGGACGAACUUCCCCCGGUUGAAGAUGCCGGCUGGGAAGGGAUGGUGUCGGUUUUUGGAAUGCGAGCAACAAGAAGAAGGUAUCACCUUCAAGCCUAUCAAGGGCAAUGCGGUAUUUUGGGAGAAUCUUCGGCCUGAUGGGACGGGGUAUCCGGAGACGUGGCACGCUGCGUUCCCUGUUACGAAGGGGACUAAGGUUGGAUUGAAUAUUUGGAGCUGGUACCAGCCUAAAUGGAAGAAUCGUUAA